GUUCUACGGUGGCCAGGACGGGGCGCGAGCUCGGGUGAUGAGUCUCUUCACGGUUGCUCUGCCUGCGCUGCUGUUUUGCCAGCUGCAAAGCACAAACUGCCUCAGUGCCCCUCCGUCUGCCUCUUUGGACCCCGAGCGAAAGAGAUCUGCUUCGGCAGCCGAGGGUAUCAUGGCGGCUGGUGGAGGCAAUGAGACGUCCUACUGGUUCAGCGACAAGGCAUCGUCGACGCCUCAGCCCAUCUUGGAGAGCAUUCGUUCAUCGCCGCCUCACUCUCUGGUCAAGGGAGGCUGGGAGCCACUUGAGGACCAUGAACUGUAAGUGAAGAGCAUGCAUGGGACACUGACACGGUGUUUCUGCUUCUGUGUCUGUCUGUCUGUCUGUCUGUCUGCAGGUAUGAGGUCCCUCCCGAGAGCAUCACCGGCGAGCUGCCAUCAGGGCUGAGAGGAACGCACUUUGUCAACGGGUCGGGCAGGAUCAGGUAUGCACUGCAGAGAUCCACCCACACAGCAUCAACAUCGCUCAUCGCCUUUCUCUCUGUAUGUCAGGCUCGGCGGCAUGCGCUACGGCCACUGGUUUGACGGCGACGGCUUCAUCGCUGCGCUCAGCCUCACGGGCGACGGCAGGGCCUUCUUCCAGUCAAAAUACAUCAGGACGAAGCGGUACCUGGCUCAGGAGAAGAUCGGCGGCGGCAGUGCGGGGAGGCUGGCCGUGAGGGCGGCGUGGACCAACAGACCGGGGGGCAUCCUCGGCAACAUGUGAGCAGCUGAGGCGCCACAGCUGAACGGGCAUGCACCCGGUUGCUGUGUGUGUGUGAAGAUUUCGUCUGCCGACCAACCCGAGCAACACGGCCGUCCUGUACUACGACGACAAGCUGCUGGCCUUGUGCGAGGGCGGCCUACCAUUCCAGGUGGACCCGUACACCCUCCGGUCAACCGGCAACGACACAGGCGACUACACCUUCGGCGGGGCCGUCACGCAGACAUUCAGGUACACAUACACUUGGCAUGAUGUAAGCUGACGCUUCGUUGGGUCACUCCUAUCUGUGUUGGCUGCAGCGCCCACUACAAGCAAGACCCGGCCACCGGCUACGUCUACAACUUUGGUGUGGACUUCGCCAACGCCAAGAUGACCAUCUUCAAGACCGCCCCGCCUCACACGGCAGGCGAGCCGGGCAAGACAGACACGGCACACAUCGCACUCGGCAGUUUCAUGCCCUUCGUGCACGACUUCGCCAUCACCGAGAACUACGUCGUCGUGUUGUUCCCUGCGUAUGGCGUGGAGCGGCAGUGGAUGCUGGCCCUGCUGCUGGGGUGGGGGACGUUCGGGCACUCAUACGAAUGGAGCGAAGAUAGAGGUAAAAGAGUCGGACAGACAAGAAGGCUCGGCAAAUGGUUGCCUGUCCUGUGUGUCAGGGAGUCGUGUGGUGGUGCUCAAGAAGAGCGACCUCUCCGUCGCGGCCGACUUCAAGACGCCAGCAAUCUCUUUUUAUCACGUGGCCAAUGCCUUCGAGGACCCCAAGAACAACAGCACCAUCAAGCUGCACAUCGCCAAACACGCCAACGGCCAGAGAGAAGUGGUGCGCAGACACACACACACAUAGAGAGAGAGAGACAAGCGAUAGAUCCACACGUGACCCACAUGGCGCCUCCCUCCCUCUCUGUCUGUCUGUCUGUCUGUCUGUCUGUCAUGGAUCAGGUGGAGAAGUUCCUGUCGAGUCCCCAGCUGGAGCAGUUCACACACGGACAUGUGCCCAUUUUGCAUGAGCUGGACAUCAGCCUCUCAGAGAAGAGCAUCCUCCGCAUCGAACCCCUCACGUCGCCCUCGGGGGCCACCAAGGCCCUGCAGGGAGAGUACCCCACCAUCAACAAUGCCAUGACCGGCAAACCAAACAGGUACACGUCCAGUAGACAAAGCCCAUCGCUAUCUCAGUCCCGCGAAUGGUUUGUCUGCCCCUUUCUCUGCCCAGGUACAUCUAUCAGGCGUGUUUCGAAGACGAAUCGACAGCCAGUGGCCACGUCCAGUUCUUCAAUGCGAUCCAGAAGGUCGAUCUGCGCGGCGAGUCCUGGCAAAUCUACAGUUUUGGGCCCUACAGAGCGCCGCAUGAGGCCUACUUCAUCGCGCGGGAGGGCUCCAAGGCCGAGGACGACGGCUGGCUGCUGGUGCCCGUGUACAACGGGUACCAGCACAUCAACGAGUAUUGCAUUUUCGACGCCGCCGACGUCGCCAAGGGACCUGUUUCGACGAUAUCGCUGCCGCACCACUUCCCCUACACCUUCCACGGCACGUUUGUGCGCGACCCCAAGGUACCCGACGAGCUGCUCAAGGGCAAGGGGGAGGCGGCGCUGGCUCAGACAGUCAGCUGAGUGGGCAGAUUCUGUUCAUCUCAUUUUUCGUGUUUGUGGCUUUUAUACGUUGAGCGCUUGAGGAAAGACGGGCGGACAGAUAGAUAGGUUGGGUGUGUGUGUGUGUGUGUGUGGUCAAGUUUCUGGGUUCUGUGCCCUUUGCACUGAUUGAUUGAUUGUGUGUCUUUUCGCGCUUUAUCCUGUGGAGCUGUUGUUGUGCCAUGAUUGUAGACAGCCUUUCCAUGUGGUUCUUCGUCGACUCACUGUGUACGGGCCAUCACCACCUUAGCACUCAUCACACUUGGC